AUAAUAAAGGACAGCAAGCCUUAUAGUUUCAGCAGGUAACUCAGCUGCUCUUGGUGUGUUGGACAACUUUUGGCGUGAACAAGGAGACACUUCCCAUCCUGUCUCCAUUGACGUGAGGUUCUGGGGGGGAUACAGGUGACCCCGGAGAUGCUGAAGGCCCCAAGGAGCCUGCACUGAGCAGAGUCUGCUCACCUUCUUCCUCCUUCCAGCGGGGAAACAAAAAUUCAAAUAAUGUGCCUGAAAUGUUUGAGGCCUUUUUGCGAUGUAGCCUGCUUUAACAUGGCUUGGCAGCAAAAGCGAGGCGAAUUACGGGUCACGUCUUACACUUGGUACCCCGGGCGCUGCCUGAAGCCUUUUCCCGGUGCCGGGCAGCGUUCCCGGGCGCGGGCGCUCACGAGGGCGAGCGGACGCCGGCGGGCCGGGAGGGGGCGGUGCCACCGCUCGUGGUGAAAGCCCCGCGGGCCCUGGCAGCCGUGCCCCGCUCCUGCCCUCGCACCCCCUGAUCCCACAUUCCGCCCUGCUGCUGACGCCGCCUCCUGCUCGGGCAGACCCGGGACGUGCCUCCCCCGCCCGCGGCGAGCCGCGAAAGGGACCGCGAAGGGAGCCGCGAGCCGCCGGCACGGCUAGCUGCCGGGAGAGGGAUCGGGACUGGAAUUCGUGUGAGAGGUACCAAAACGUGGUGCUGAAGUGGAGAGGGGUCGAAGGAAGGCUCCGUAACUCCCGCUCGCUUUUGGUGUGGUGGCUCCCGGCUGCGCGCGGCCUCCGGGAGCUCCUGCCCACGUGCGCCUGCGGGCCCCGCUGCGGUUCGCGCGCUCCGGCUUUGCCUUAGGGUUAAACCCUUGGGGCAGUGCUCCGGCCAGUUAAAAAACUUAAAGUAAAGUCAGAGAGAAGCUGUUGCAGCUGUUGGUUCCAGCAACAUGGAGAAUAAUAGCAGCUUGAAGUUCCGUCAGCAGCUUUUCCUUAUUAGUGAAAAUCUGGUGACUGAAGAUGUAGCAGCUUUAAAAUUUCUCUGUACUGACUUGCUCCACCUCAGUAAACUAGAAGGUGUGAAGUUAGCAACAGACAUCUUCAGGCUCCUUAUGGCUCAAGAAUAUCUGAAUGCAGAAGAUACUUUCCUACUAGCUGAGCUCUUAUAUAGAAUUAGAUGUCACUCCUUGCUCAAGAAAAUUGGUUACACCAAGGAGAAAGUACAAGAACAUCUGAGUGAGAAGGGAAGAAUAUCUCCAUACAGGCAGAUGCUGUAUGAAUUGGCAGAGAACAUCACCAGUGAGAUGUUGAAGGAAAUAAUUUUCCUCCUGCGAAACCAUCUUCCAAAGGGACGGAUAAUUCUUUCUGCUUUGGAUUUGCUGACUUUAUUGGAAAAGCAGGGCCUUUUAACUACAGACAAUGUAAAGAUACUGGAGGACGUCUGUAUGACCGUUUCACCUGAUCUCCUGGAGACAAUAAACUGCUACAAAAAGGGAAAAGAUAACAAGACAGCUAAUUUUACACAAGGCUUCCCUGAGCUAAACCUGGAGCUGCAUGGAGAAUUCAGCAAUGUAAAAAAUGAAUCCAAGACUGAAAGAUUGAAAAGCUACAAAAUGGAUGGGCCACACAGAGGAUUUUGUCUCAUUAUAAAUAAUGUUAACUUCAGUAGUUCUCAGAGGAUGGGUUCUUGCAAAGAUGCUGAGCAACUGGAGAGAGUGUUCACAUGGCUUGGUCUGGAUGUGAUGACUUCCACAGAUCUGACAUCUGGGGAGAUAAUAAAUCUCAUGAAAACUUGGCAGCAUAAGCAAGAUCACGAAGACAGGAACUGUUUUAUAUGUUGUAUUCUAUCUCAUGGAAAGUCAGGAGCAAUCUGUGGGACAGAUGACAGACCUGUGUCAAUCCGCACGCUUAUGUCCCACUUCACUGCCAAGCAGUGUCCCCAGCUGGCUGCAAAACCCAAACUCUUCUUUAUCCAAGCAUGCCAGGGUAACAAGAUACAAGAUCCUGUCUAUGUUAAUACUGAUGGACCUACUCCUGACUUGUCUUCCAUGCAAGAGAGCGUUUCUCUUUCUGAAAGUAUUCCCGAGGAGGCUGAUUUCCUCCUAGGCAUGGCCACAGUUGAUGGAUGUGUCGCUUUCCGGCACAUUGAAGAGGGCAGUUGGUAUAUUCAGGCCCUCUGCAGCAAACUACAAUUGUUGGUACCAAGGGGUGAAGAUAUUUUGUCAAUUCUUACACAAGUUAAUGAAGAUGUGGCCAGACGUGAUAGCCCUUCAGGGAAAAAGAAGCAAAUGCCCCAACCAGCAUAUACCUUAAGAAGAAAAUUUAUAUUCCCAAUACCAAUGGCCCCUCCUCCUUCAGAGCAACAUCAAUGCUUUUAAUACACAUCAUUUUUUCAUCUCAUUUAAAUGCAGUUCAUCACAUUACCUGUUUUAAGACAACCAAAACCCUGAUAAUCUGUUAGCUUUGAUGCAAGGCCUUAUAAAUUUUUUGUCAAACAGACUGUGAAACUGGAGGAGACACAAUUAAAACAAUCAAUGUGCCAGCUAUUUACAUCAUCUCUAUAUUCAGAAUUAUCAGUGUUGGAAAAACCACACUGUUUAACUCACGUUAAACAUUUUUGUACCUGCACAGGCUGCAGAUACUAUAGGUUUUUCCUCGCAGCAUAGGGAUUGCAUGUAAGCUUUCAUAUUUAAACCAGGAUUGUUAAUGGUCUGGUUUAGACUCAUCAUGUUUUAUUUUGCAGGCUAAAAAUUUUAAAUCCUGUUUCUAAAUCCACUACCUAUGUUCAUAGAGAGAAAAAAGUAGGAAUAAAGAGACAAAGCCUUGGGUAGUAAAUGGAAAAGCAUUUCUUCAAUCUCUAAUGAAAAUUACAUUUAACUUAAUAAAGAACCAGUUUCCAACUGAAAUCAGCAAUUUCUUCCAGUUUCCUCAAAUGGCUAGCUUCAUGUACAAUGAAGUUUUCCAAAACUGAGUAAAGCCAAAAUGCUGCUUAUUAUUCCCUCUGUGAAACCUUGUGAACUGUUAUUUCCCCAUCACUUCUGAGAAAAUUUAUGGUAGAAGAUUUGCAUGCUGUGAUAUACACCAGUCAGAUUAACUUUGUUAAGCAUUACAUUUUUGAAUUAUAAUUUGUUGGUUUAACAUCUAAAAUGCAGCCAAUUUGUGAAGGCUUCUGUGGACUAAGCUGCUGACAGAAUUUUGUGAUUUAACUGAAAUAAUGCCUGUUAUUUUGUUAUGAACACUUAUUCCAUAUGCCUGUGUCUUUCCUGUUUAAUGUUUACUGCAUUAAAUUCAUACUUUUUAAGA